AGGAGGAUGUUACAGUAAAAGAAGAGGAAGAGAAAGAGGAUGUUACUGUUAAAGAAGAGGAAGAGAAAGAGGAGGGUGCAGUUUUUGGGGUGAAAGAGGAGGAUGGGGAGAUGACUGUCACAUUGGAAGGAGACGAGGAUGAAGAGGAUGAAACGGGAUAUCUGGGCUCGGUUUCCCAAAGGCAUCUUAAGGCAUCCAAUGGUUCUAACGAUAAACGGGCCAUGAUUAACACUAGAGAGAGAUGUGACGAUCCUGGGUCCUCUGGGGAGUCUCAACAAGAUCAUGAUGCUGACAGGGCAGAGAAGAGUCUCUCCACAUCAGAACACCUCAAGAAACACCAGCAGAGACCCACAUUGAAUAAUCCUUACUGCUGCUCUGACUGUGAGAAGAACUGCAAAUCUAAAUCAGAACUUGAAAUACACCGGAGAAUCCACACAGGAGAAAAGCCAUACCACUGCUCUCAUUGUGGAAUGAGUUUCUCUAGAUCAUAUUCAUUGAAAACACACCUGCUAAUUCACACAGGAGAGAAAUCUUAUAGCUGUACUCAAUGUGGGAAGAGUUUUACUACAUCUUCCAAUCUGACUAAACAUCAGAAAACACACACAACAGAGAAACCUUAUAGCUGUGAUCAAUGUGGGAAGAGUUAUGUUACAUCUAGCUAUCUGACUUUACACAAGAGAACACACACAGGAGAUAAAUCUUAUAGCUGUGAUCAAUGUGGGAGGAGUUAUGUUACAUCUAGCUCUCUGACAGUACACCAGAGAACACACACAGGAGAGAAACCAUUUAGCUGUACUCAAUGUGGGAAGAGUUUUACGACAUCUAGCUCUCUGAAGGUACACAAGAGAACACACACAGGAGAUAAACCAUGUAGCUGUACUCAAUGUGGAAAGAGUUUUACUCGGUCAAGCUCCUUGGUUAUGCACCAGAGAAUACACACAGGAGAGAAACCAUAUAGCUGUAAUCAAUGUGGGAAGAGUUUUACUCAGCCAAAUGGACUGAUAUUACACAAGCGGACACACACAGGAGAGAAACCGUGUAGUUGUACUCAAUGUGGGAAGAGUUUUAUUCAGGCAAGCUGCCUGAAAGUACACCUGAGAACACACACAGGAGAGAAAACUUACCAUUGUGCUGACUGCAGAAAGAGUUUUAUUAGCUUAAGUAAUUUAAAAUCACACCAGAGAACACACACAGGAGAGAAAACACCAUAUAGCUGUGAUCAAUGUGGGAAGCGUUUUAUUCAGUCAAGCUCCCUAAUCGUGCACCAGAGAAUACACACAGGAGAGAAACCUUAUAGCUGUACUCAAUGUGGGAAGAGUUUUACUCAGGCAAGCUGCCUGAAAGUACACCUGAGAACACACACAGGAGAGAAACCUUACCACUGCUCUGACUGCGGAAAGCGUUUUGUUAGAUCAAGUGAUUUAAAAUCACACCAGAGAACACACACAGGAGAGAAACCACCAUAUAGCUGUACUCAAUGUGGAAAGAGUUUUAAUCAGUCAUGCUCCUUGAUAUCACACCAGAGAACACACACAGGAGAGAAGCCUUAUAGCUGUACUCAAUGUGGGAAGAGUUUUACUCAGUCAAGUGGCCUGAUAGCACACCAGAGAACACACACAGGAGAGAAAUCUCAUAGCUGUCAUCAAUGUGACAAGAGAUACUCUGUUAAAAGAUCUCUGAUCAAACAUCAGAAAAUACAUAAAUGAAGGAAUUGUUUUCAUAAUCUCACAGUGUAGAAUGUUUUAACAUUGUAGUAGGAGUAUUUUAAUAAUGUCACAAUGUAGAACCCUAAACGUUUGCCCCCUGUUCUAUUGAUUUCAGCCUGAUAUGGAUAUUAGCCUCACGGAAAAAUACAAGCUCUGAAUUGGAAGAGUUACUAUUUAUGUGAUUUAACAAAAAGUGACUAACAAAAAAAGAGUUGUGUUGCACUUCCCACAGUGACCCACUUGAAUCAAAAUGCAACACUUCAAAAUGUAGCGAGCUGUUUUCUAUAAAUUGUCAUCUAACUAGUGAUGUACACAUUAUACCCAGAUUCUGUGGUUUUUAUGCUGUUAGUUUUAACAGGACGUGCAACCUCAUCUCCCUCCUGUCGCACAACUGAUUUCAACAUGAUACCGAUGAGUGAUGACAAAUAAGUGUUGUGUUCCUUUGUUUAGCGACCCCUACAUUUAAAU